AUGGGUCAAGCACCCGGCAUGGGUGAGGUGCUCACCCCGAAGAGGCAGGCGAUCGUGGACCGCCUGCGACGUAGAAUCCAGAACUACCGGCGCAGACAGAAUGACUGCAUCCCCAGGUUCGAUCAGAGCUUCAACGGAUUGUGCGAGCAGAACAUACAGGACACCAUGCUGCUGAAGCAACGCUUCCUCGAGAGCAAGGCGAAGCGGCAGGCCAAGAAGACGGACAAGAAGCAGAGCGACCCGAUCGGCCUCUCCAACGUUCACAUGCAACCGAAAUUCCUCAAGAGGACGACCGAGGAGUUGGAGCCAGCCGGGGGUGCUAGUGGCGAUGGCGGUUUCGGCGAACCGCCGGUCAAGCUGCAAUGCACGCAGGGGCAGCAUCAGCAUCAGCAGGGUCCGGGCGGCGGUGGUGGCGGCGGGCCGCAUCACGGCCACGGCCAGCACCAACCGGGGAACGGCGCGAACUCGACGGGUCCGGCGCCCGGUGGCGGUGGCGGCGGCGGCGGCGGUAGUGACGGGAACGAAGGCCUCACCAAGUUUCAGGUUCAGAUCGUCCAGCAACUGGAGUUCACGACGUCGGCGGCGAAUAACUCGCAGGCGCAAGCAAUCUCUACGAACGUAACGGUAAAAGCGCUGACGAAUGCGUCGGUGAAGAGCGAUCUCUUAAACGCGUCAUCCUCGCCGAAGCCCGGUACGGACACGUCCGCAUCGGCCGCGUCCAGACCGCAGCCUGGAAACGGCAGCGGCCCCGGAGGUCCUGGCGUGCCCGGCGCAGGUGGUGGCGGCGGCGCCGGUGGCACUGGGGGCAGUGGGGGAAUCGGUUGCGUUGACAUUGGUAACCUAGUCGAAUGUAAACAGGAACCCGACAACGAGUUCGUCGACCUGGAACAAUGCGCCGCGGCGCUCGAAAAGGACGCCGCGGCGAACGGCGCCGGUUUCCCCGGCUUCUCCGAGUUUAUGAACGACGACACCAGCGACGAGAUCAUGGCGUCGGACGCGUUCAAGGAUCUCAUCUCCGAGAUAUCGGACUUACAUUCGGAUUUCAUGAAGGACUUCGGAUACGAGGAUAAGAGCGUUGACACGCCGAAUAACGGGCAGAUCAAGAUCGAGGAUGACAAGGACGCGAUUCAUCAGCAGCAGCAACAACAACAACAGCAGCAGCGCCAACGGCGCGAACAACGGCGUCAACGGUAACAACGUCGGCGCCCGGGUGCUCUCGGUUCCUCGCAAUAUUCACCCGCUCGACUUACUUACUCCGGGCUGGACUUCAAAUCCGAAAUGAGCCCAGCGGCGCAGACGCUCAAGCAGAUGGCCGAACAGCAUCAGCACAAGAGCCAGCAAUUGGGCUUGGGCGGAUUCAAUCCCACGGCGGCCGCGGCGGCCGCCGCGGUGCGCGGCCCCGCCGCGAGAUCCCCUUACGCUGAGUUUCCUCAAUUCGGCGGCGCUUCCGAUUACCUCGGUAGUCCCGGCAGCACCGGGCCGACCGGUGGACAGAAUCAGGCCACGGCCACUGGGACCGGCUCGUACCACAAGAAUAAUGGCACUCCGACCUUCCAGAGUCAACAGACCAACGAUAUGUUCGUCAGCUCGCAGACCCAGUUCGCUGCGGGCCUCACGGACAUGAAGAGGCCCCAGCCGACUGCAACGGGCGGCAAGCCCGGCAUGUUGGGGCCCAGCGGCGGUUACAAGCAACAAUACUCGCCGUAUGGUAGUCCGGGUUCGAUGCCGAAUCACGGUAGCCCGGGUUAUCCUUUGCCGCCGAGAGGAUCGCAAGGAGGUGGACCUAAUCAAACCGGUUCGCAGGGACCCUUCAACACGACCUCCACGCCGCCGAGACCUCCUUCCGGACCCGGUACUUCCACCUUGCAGAUCAAUCAAGCGCAGCAGCUGCACAUCGGUAACCAGAUACAGGUGUCGGCGGGCCAGCACUUGCAGGUCACGAGCGAGCUGAAACCGGUCGUGUCCGUCGCGGCGCAGCAGGGCAUGUACUUCAAUCAGCAGCAGACGCAGAAUCAGGCCGGGCCGUCGGCUAAUCAGGCCGACGCCUACUGCUCGGUCUCGCAGUCCCAAACCAUCAAUUUCACUCAGCAGAGUCUGAGGCAGCGGGCGGCGGCCGCGGCCGCCGGCGGUGUGCCGCAGCCGGGCGCCGCCGGCCCGGGGACGCGGGGCCAUCCGCAGCAGGUGCCACCGGGCCAGGUCGAUCAGCAUCAGCAUGCGAAGCUUCUCCAGCAGCAGCAAUUGAUGCGCGCGCAACAGGUGAUGCAGCAGCAGCAACAGCAUAUGGCGGGUGGAAUGGGAAGCGUAAGGCCGCCACCGCCCGAAUACAAGGCCGCGGCCCAGGCGCAGAUGAUGCACGCCAGCAUCGGUAUGGGCCAGCAAGCGAGGUUCGCCAACGCCGGACCCAUGCGCAGAGUUACGCAACAACCUAUGCCGCCGUCGGGUCCGAUGAUGAGGCCGCAAAUGGCGCAACAGCAGCAGCAGCAGGCGUUACACGCGGCCGGCGGUAAUAUGUACAUGGGCGGCGGCGGGAUGGCCGCCAUCGGCGGUAUGCAUCAGAUGCAUCAACGACUAGGCUACCCGAGAACCAACAAUCAACGGCCGCCCAAUGUCAGCGUCGGCCCUCCGGACGGCCUUGGCAACAGCAUCGCGGGUCGUGGCACCCAACAGGAGUGGCGACACGUUUUGAUGCAGCAGCAGCAGGGCUUUCAGGCGCAAAUGCGCUCGCAAUUUAACCAGCAAAGUCACCAAGGUGCUUUCAGCAUGGGCGGUGCGGGAGGGACGAUGCAAAUGACCGCGGCGCAGAUGCAACAUCAACAGCUAAUCCGCUCGCAAAACGGUGGCAUAGCCGGCUCCGGGAUGGCCAACAGCACGCAGAUGCAGCAGCUGUUGACGCAACAGCACCAACAGCAAACGUUGGCCAUGCAGCAGAACAACAAUCAAAUGUCGUUGCAAAUGCAGAUGUCACAGACAACGUCCGUGAAUUCAGUCAACGUUACUGGUACCGGUUCUCCCCUGCAUCCGCAUCAACAGUACGGCACGGGUAGCCCGGGAGUGCGUAGUCUACCGCCACCGCAGCAGCACACUCAGCCGCCACCGCAGGCCGCCACUACGGACCCGUCCGUGACAGCCCCUGACUUUACCCUGGAAUUCCUAGAGAACCUUCCGACGGGAGACACGUCGAACUUCAGCGCCCAGGAGCUGCUUAAUUCUCUCGACUCUACGGCCGGUUUUAAUCUCGAUAUUCUGUAAUGGGACCACGCCUGCUGUGUGGUCGGGUGGUUUGGAUGUCGGUGCCUGGCGAUACGCCGGUUUUACUGCAACGGCGGACGUGUAAGAUCGACCGUCCUCUUGAAGUAUAUACUUAGCGCGACGACACCGACGAAUUUCACUUCGUCCGUCCGCGCAUCGACCUGCUUCCUUCUCAUCGUGUUUUUCCCUCAUUGCAUCAAACGAAUCGAUUUUCUUGUACGUACGUUUUUGGAGCAUCGACCUCCGAAUGUCCUUUUCUGACAUUUGAAUCUUCGGUUUUUAUCUAGAGAAAAACAUUGUCUGUAAACGAGGACGUUUGAUUCAAGCGAAUUACGAGAGUUUUAAAAGGAACAAUUGAUGGAAAUAAUGAUACACUGACAGUACAGAAAUUUAUUGACUCCUUUAAGCGCGAUGUUGAGGGAAACCGGUCGCAGGUUGGUGAUAUGUGCAGGUACUUUGUUAUAUUCGACGACUGACAGUUUGUCAGCGACAGUUACCCACCGGUGCGACAACGUCCCACAACCGGUCGUAGUGCAUUCUCGGCAACCGCUUCCGCGGCCGCCGACUAUUCUUCUAGGCAAUCACAUUUUAGUAAAAUUUAAUUUUGUAAUCAUAAUCGCCGAAGGGCGAGGGAGUUUAGCCCCGUGGAGAUGUGGUAUAGCGUGGGAUAUCAAGAGUACGUGGAAAUCGUUCUAUCGUUUUCUCGUCGGGCGUAAAGCGAUAUCGUGCUUUAAGAAAGAGCGAAACGAAGCCGAAAGACCCGCGAUUCCUAUUUUCCUUUUCAAGUGUUCACCCACUGGGGCGGCUAUGUCGAGAACGAUCGAUAAAUUUCGCGAGUGCCCGCGUCGACGACUUCGACGACUGCGAUGACUUCGACGGGCAUUCCGCAAGACGAUUCUCCCCUCUCUUGAUUUUUCACGUCGAAAUUUCGCGCAAGUAGAUAGAGAUAUUAAUAAAUAAGGAGGCGAUUAGAGUUUACUCGACUGAACCUAUUCGGCCGCAAGAAAGAAAACCUGGUUACCUUGCGCCGGCUCGUUGCAAAAAAAAAAACGUUCAAGAUUUCUGGGACGGGCGAGCCCGGCCGGGCGUUAAUACUUUAUAAGGAUAAUAAUGUAACAAUGUAACGAUUAUAUUAUAUCAUUAUAUCAUAAUAACGUAAUAAUAUAUAUCGUUAUAUUAUUACAUUAUUGUGGAAAUAAUAAUGUAGUAACGUAACGAUUAGAGGAUAGCGUAUUUAAUUAUGCCGUUAACGGCAUGUUUACAAUUAACAGCAAGUCAAUUAUCAAACAUUCAAUUUUAUGAGUUUGCGACGCGCGACGCGAAGUCGCGCGCGCGUGCGCGCUGAUCUGAUCGGUUGGAUACAUCGGAGAUUCUUACGGUGAAAAGGAUGAGAAAAAAAGAACUUCCUCCUAAACUGCAUUGUUAGCACUAAUACAAGAUAAAAGAAUCCUUCAUUGUACAUAGAUAUUAUUAAAAAAAAAACUAGAAGAAAUUCGAGACGUUAAGGUCGCACAGUUUAGCCGAUUAUAUAAGAAUAAGGAAUCUAUAAAGUACAUAGAUAAAUAUUAUGAGAUAAUAGUGAUUAUAAACGACGACGUAAUAUGCAGGUGGAAACGCGUGCACGCGAGGAAAUUAAUUGCGCGACUGAGUGGGAGCGUGUGGUAGAAAAAACGUAAAAAAACGAAUGUAUCAGCGACAGGGCACAUUUGCUUAAUCGGUAAAAAAAUAUUUAUUAAAUUUUAAUACCGAAUGUGCUGUGUCGCGCCCUAUAUAUCGAGAAGAGCUGCACACAAACAAAUCGCGGUGAGGUAGAUUCCAUUUUCGGAGAUGCGGCGAACUACUCGCAAUUUUCUAAAAGGGCAAUCGUUUCUCGGGAAUUCACGCGGAGUGUAUCGUCGAAAUAUUCACCGUUGUUCCCUUUGCUUUUUCUUAUUUCGUUCAAACGGUAACUUCUUCGUUUCGAAAAUUUUCACGACGUCACGAGAAUAACGAACGAAAAUCCUAAGGUUCGCGCUAAGGACGCGUGUCGUUUGUUUAUGCGGAACCGUUAACAGCGUAUAAUAAAUCACAAUGUAGUUCGAUGCUACAAGGGAGGGAGACGGGGGUGAAAAAGAGAGAAAAAGGAAUCUGCGAUUAUUCUUCCAAAUAGCGAUACAUUCCAUAGAUAACAUGAAAAAAAAAUGAAAGGAUAGCAGAUCUGUGGUUCGUCUAAUCAAAAGUACCGUUUUUAAAAGGAAAAAAAAUACGCGACAGAAAGGAAUAUUAAUGUUAUAAUAUAUAAGAGAAGCAGAUAUCGAAUAUCCCGCGCUUAUAUAUACAUUACGCAGAGAGCACAUCCUCGACCGUUCGCCGAAAGUGUGCACGAAGACUUCCGAUCGGAUUUUAUUGUCGCUUGUUCGCGACUCCGCUAGAAGCUAGCGGGAGUCCCGCGCCAAGUGAAUUAGGAGAUAAUAAAAUAAUAAUAAUAAUAUUAUUAAUAAUCAUUUUUUAAAUUUCUCUCAAUCGGGUGGGGUGACACUAUCUUGUAAAAUAUUGGGGCCACGAAACAUAAUCUAAAAAAAGGGGGGAAGAAGAAGAAGAUUAGAGAUCUGAUUCUCACGUCAAUACCUUUGUAAAAUCUUUGAGAAAAUCUCGAUGAAAAAUGUCUAUAUUACAUUGGUUUGUCCGUUUUGUAUGUUUCACGCGAGCGAGGGAGGGAAGGGAAAAGAGCGAGGAGGCGGAAGUGCGUAUUGUUGUAGGGAAAGAGCAUCAGGGACCAACCGAGAGAGCAAAAGUGCGUGAUGUCGAUUGUCACAGUGGAUCGUUGUCUCUCUACUCUUUUUUUUUUCGAACGGAUUGCGGAGAAGAAAGCAGUGCCUAACAAAACCAAAACAAAAAAAAAGUUUGAGCUGUUUGUUACCGACCUGUUAGAAAAUUAGUCCCGCGGUGUCGGCAUUGUACGUUCGAGGAUUUUUUGCGCAAAGAGGGAAGCCCAUGCACGGACAAAACACAGGUCUACAUCGCGCGCGCGUUGAGACGUUGAUUUCUCGCACUGUCGACAGUCGAUCGUGAAGGAGCACGACAUAAUCGAGGCGAAGGUGUUGCAACGUGUUUAAAUUUCUCGAGGGUGGCCUUGGUUGGGGGGAUGCAUAUAUAGAUUAUAUAUAUAUAUAUACAUAUAUUAAUCGUAUUAUUUAUAAAUAUUUAUAAAAGAAACAUUAUACAACACACGGGCAUUUCGUAUAUAGAAUAAAUUCCAUGUUGAAUUGUUAUUAAUAAAAAGCGUUGAGUUCCUACAAGAAA